AUGGCACGACCCGUCCCCGCGGUCGUCCGGCCGUUCGCCGUAUGGCGACGGCAAUUCUCCGCCUCAUGCUCACGACCAGCUGUUGACAAGCGGUGCAAUUCGGCUGCCGAAGCCAUCAAAGACAUGAAGGGCCCGGCGACGGUCCUUGUUGGAGGGUUUGGAUUCUCCGGUGUACCUAAUACUCUGAUUAAUGCCGUCCGUGACCGGCCCGACAUCAAGAACCUGACCGUUGUUUCCAACAACGCCGGUAUGCCCGGUGCUGGUCUCGGCCAGCUGCUUGAGACUGGACAGAUUAGCAAGAUGAUUGCCUCGUUCAUCGGUGAAAACAAAGUCUUCGAGAAGAUGUAUCUCAGCGGAGAGCUUUCUUUGGAAUUGACUCCCCAGGGUACCAUCGCUGAAAAAUGCGCUGCUGGUGCUGCUGGUGUCCCUGCUUUCUAUACCCCUGCUGCUUAUGGAACUAUUGUACAAACUGGUGAACUCCCCGUGCGCUACAACAAGGACGGAACGGUUGCGGAAUACUCCAAGCCCAAGGAGACUCGUGAAUUCAACGGCAAAUCUUACAUCCUGGAAGAAGCGAUUUUCGGUGAUUACGCUCUGAUCAAGGCCGACAAGGCCGACAAGCUCGGUAACUGUCAAUUCCGCAAGGCUCAGAACAACUUCAACGAGGCCAUGGCCAAGAACGCCAAGUACACCAUCGUUGAAGCCGACGAGAUUGUCGAGGUCGGCGAGCUCCGCCCGGAAGAGAUUCACGUACAGGCCAUCUACGUCAACAAGGUUAUCAGGAGCACGGAAAAGAAGCAGAUCGAGAAGCUCACCUACGCCAAGGAUCCUAGCGAGAUGCUCCAGGCUGGCUCUGGCGAUGCCACUGCCCGUCGUGAGCGUAUCGUCAAGCGCGCUGCUAAGGAAUUCGAGGAUGGCAUGUACGUCAACCUCGGUAUCGGAAUGCCUCUGAUCGCUCCCUCCUACCUUCCUGAAGGUGUUGAGGUCUUCCUGCAGGCCGAGAACGGUAUCCUUGGUCUGGGUGGCUACCCCAAGCCCGGUGAGGAGGACCCUGACUUGAUCAACCCCGGAAAGGAGACCGUCACCCUUGCCAAGGGUGCUUCCCUGUUUGGUUCCCACGAGAGUUUCGGCAUGAUCCGCGCUGGCCGCAUUGACCUGACCAUGCUUGGUGCGCUGCAAGUCAGCCAGUACGGAGACCUCGCCAACUUCAUGCUUCCCGGUAAGGUCAAGGGUGUCGGCGGUGCCAUGGACCUGGUCGCCAACCCCGAGAAGACCAAGGUUAUCGUCACUAUGGAACACACCGACAAGAAGGGCAACCCCAAGAUUCUCUCUCAGUGCUCGUUCCCUCUUACUGGACCCCGCUGCGUGUCCAAGAUCAUCACCGACCUUGCUGUGUUUGAGGUCAGCACGACCGAGGGUCUCACCCUUGUCGAGCACGCCGAGGGCGUGACUGUGGAUGAGAUCCGCAGCAAGACGGAGGCUCCGUUCAAGGUUGCGGCUGACCUGAAGCCGAUGCUGUAA